GACCCGCCCCCGCCGACAUCCUGCGAUCAUACUUGUUUGGUUUGUUUUCCUUCAUGGAAAGCGUAUUUUAAGAAUUACGGUAUUUCCUGAGAAUUCCGUAUUCAGAAACUCCGCAAGUUUGUCUGAGAAAACACCACUGUAUUUCCUUCUCGUCUCAAUGGUGACAAUGGUAUUUGGGAGAUUGGGGAGUUUUGGUGCUCGAUGGCGUGGAGUGUUUAAUAAGCCUCAGGUAUAUGCAGGGCUCAUGGGACCCCGGCUCCAUAGCUCCUGCCCGGUCCGGAUCAGUAAGCUGGACCACCUGGUUCUGACAGUAAAGAGUGUUCCAGACACCCUUGCCUUCUACUCCAAAGUCCUGGGGAUGGAGAUUGUUACUUUUAAGGGUAACCGCAAAGCUUUGGGAUUCGGACAGCAGAAGUUCAACCUGCACCAGUUAGGCCAGGAGUUUGAGCCAAAAGCCCAGCGACCAACCCCGGGCUCUGCUGACCUUUGUCUUAUCACAGACACGCCCCUGCUGAAAGUGGCUGAGCACCUCCAGGCAUGUGGGGUGGUGGUGGAGGAAGGGCCCGUGGAGAGGACUGGGGCGGAGGGUUCCAUCACUUCUCUGUAUUUUCGUGAUCCCGAUGACAACCUGAUCGAAGUCUCCAAUUACAACCAGCCCUUGGGCCAGGGGGGCUUGUAGACUUUAUACCUUUCCAGAGAUGCAGAUGCUACUUGUCCAUGAACUCUUCAUUUCAGAUCAUGAGGCAGCCUGAGAGGUCAUGUAGUGUAAAAUGCUAAUUUUGCUUAUAAAAAUAUACAGUAAAGAGUAAGAAAUUAAGCCUAAUUACCAUAAGUAUGUGGUUCAGCAUAGAAGGAGAAGCAAGAAAAUGUUUGUAUUGUCGUUUCUGAGUAGGCUACUAUGGCUGUGUCCUGGUUUGACUCGGAAAAUUUGAGAUUACUGGUGAACGCACCCAUUUGACCUGUUCUCAGAAUCAGUGAUGUAUUCAGAAAUCAUAUGCGGCCCCCAAAACAAUCAGCUGUCCUACGCCUGUCCUGAUAAAAUCAGCAGAUUACGUCAAUAUGUCAUUACACCACCCCCACCCCCCCACCCCCCCCCCCCCCCCAAACACACACGUAAUACCUAGCUGCUAAUCUUGGCAUGUGCAAAUGUCCCCAAAUUUUUCCUCACCUGAAAAACUUGCUGCUUUACUGGAAAACCAAACUGACCACCACCCAGGCUUUAAUGAGCCUUGUGUUGACUUUUUAAAAGUGGGCUACAUUUGAACUGUAACUAACUGUUACUAAAUCUUCAUCCAGGGCUCAGUGUAGAUGAUGGAAAACUUUACAGCACUUUUAUGUGUCAUGUAUGAUUGUAAAGACCUAGCGCAGUCACUUUUUUUACUUCCAGAAGUGUUCACAUUGCAUGAAAAAGAUCUAUUUAUUCAUGCGGAGAUUAAAAUAUUUUCCUUUUAUAUAAAAUUUUAUAUUAAAAAAACUGUUGGAUGACAGUAGGACCAAAUUCACAAGUUUGCUUUUAAUAGACAGAUCGUGUACAUUUACAUAGAUUCUGCUGUACAUAUAUGAGCAGGUAAUAAUCAAUCCCAGUGACUGAAACCACCACCACCACAUCCGGAGUGGGAUCUGAAACUGUUGGACAGAUGAAACUGAGUAGUGACUAACAUUCGCUGUCGUGAUUGGUUGCUAUCUAGGUAAGCAAGAUAUAUGGCAGCACAGUUUGUCAUGAAGCCUUCUGUCAAAUUUCCAGUGUCUCAAAUCAAGUUCGACAGCUAGCUAUCUGAUGAAAUUUCCUAUACUAUAUAAUCCUUUUGAGCAUUGGGGAUGUUAUUUUACUAUUUUACUGUGUUCCCUUGCACCGCUAUACUAUAGUUUCCUUUUAAUUACUGUUAAAGUUUCCAUUAUACUCUUAAAUAAACAUGUCUACACAGUGGCUUAGCAAUGAUCCCUAUACAGUACCUUUGUAAUGGUACAAUCAGUACUGUAAGCUAGGGUUCCAUCACUAGUGAUUGGGGAAAACAUUUUAACUUACUUGCUAAUCAUGUCAGAAACAAGGUCUAAGAUGAUCCAUAUCAAAUCCUUCAGCAGGAAAUCUCACUCAAAAUCUUAACAGAAUAAGUGCUUACUGAAGUACUCUUUGUUUUCUUUGGUUCUUUAUAAUAUGUCUAUUAAAAUGAUAAUUUGUUUGCA